AUGAGUCUAAAGCCAAUUAAUAAGCCAGUUGAGCCAUGGCUUGAGGGAAACAGUAUUAAAAGAUACGUUGAUGUGCUUGAUUUUACAGCCAAGGGUGAUGGAAUUUCUGACGAUACAAAGGCAUUCCAAGACAGAUGGGUAGCCGCUUGUAAGAUGGAGGCAUCAACCAUGCUGGUCCUAGCAAAUUACAUUUUCAAAGUGGGGCCCAUUUCAUUUUCAGGUCCAUACUGUAAAUCCAACAUAGUUUUUCAGCUUGAUGGUAUAAUUAUUGCCCCAACAGACCCACAGGCCUGGGGAGGAGGAUUGUUCCAGUGGCUAGAAUUCUCAAAACUUGUGGGAAUCACAAUUCAAGGAAAGGGAAUCACUGAUGGAAAAGAUUCAGUUUGGUGGCAGGACCAACCAUUUGAUGAUCCUAUAGAUAAUGAAGAAAAGCUCAUAGCUCCUAUUUACUCUGAAGUAUUGAAAAUAAGGACAUACCUGUGGAAUAAUUCGAGAAUGGAUGUGGCUCAAGUGUUGCGCGUGAAUGGAGGCAUUGGAGAAACAAGCAAUGCAAACAAUUCUUUAUUAGAGAGAAAGGCGGUUUCUUUGACAAAGCCCAUGAGAGAUGAAGCUAUACAGUGCUUCUAUAGAGAAACAUUCCCUCUAAGCCAAGCAAUUGCAGAAUUGGGUUGUUCUUCUGGACCAAACACUUCUUUUGUCACUUGUGAACUGAUCGAAACUGUGGAGAAGCUUUGCAGAGACCUAAACCAUGAAUCUCCAGAAUACACGAUCUUCUUAAAUGACCUACCAAGCAAUGACUUUAACAACAUCUUCAAGUCUAUUGAAAGCUUCAAACUGAAGCUAAGAGAAGGAGUGGCAGGUGGGAUUGGUUCGUGUUACAUCGCUGGAGUUCCUCGUUCUUUCUAUGGCAGGAUUUUUCCUAUACUCCAUCCUCAUCUAAAUUGGAAUCAGAGAUUGAAAGAGAAGGGUCCUUCACUAUUAAUCACUUAGAGGUAUUUGAAACAAGUUGGGAUGAUGCUUAUGAUGAGAAACGUAAUGAUAGAAAAGAAUACCAAAUUACACAAUUCAUGAGGGCUGUGGCUGAACCUUUGCUUGUGACCCACUUUGGUGAAGUUGUAACGGACAAUGUUUUCCCACAUUGCCAAGACAUAUUAGCAGAUCGUAUGUCUAAGGGAAACCUUGUCCAUGUCAGUCUCUGCAUAUCUUUGACUAGAACAAGUUGAAGAAGCAACAAAUAAACAUAUGUUUGUACAGUCUGUUCACAUUGUGCUAUGAAUAAACCAUUUGUUGGUCUUCAUGUCUUUUGAUAUUGUGUAUGCUUGGUUUUAGAUAGUUCUUGUGUUUAACUAGUAUUG